CUUCUCGCACGUCCUCCGCCUCCCUCCCGAGCCAAAAGGCCAUCGCCGGAACGAGAGCGGCGAUCGAUGCCGGACACCGACGAUCUCUUCUCGAAACCCUAGCCUGCCUUCACCAUCCCAUCUUCUCCUCCUUCUCCUUCGCCUCCAUUGCGAUCUCCGUGAUGACCUCGCAUGUCGCUCCUUGCUCCAUCGACGACAAGGACCUCGACGACGCCGCGCUGUGGGCGUUGAUGGACUCCGCCGCCGCCUCCUCCCUCUCCUCCAAGCCUCGCAAGCUGCUCCCGACCAAGCACUCCGCUCACCAAUCCCCGACUCCCGUCUCCUACCACUCUCCUCCGGCCCUCGCCUUCCCCGCCAAGUGCGGCAAGCGAGCUCACCACUCGCCGCGCGCGGACUCGGAUUCCGGGUUCCUCAGGGACGGGGAGGUCGUGCAGGAGCCGGUGGACAGCGGUUACAGGCCGCCGCAGCCGCCGCCGCCGCCGCCGCCGCAGAAGGUCGCCAGGUAUUGCGGCUACGAAGCGAGCGAGACCAGUCCCCUGCCGCUGGUGCGGAGCGUGCAGCGGACGCCGACGGCGCAGGCUCGUCCGUCGCCGGAGGCGUACUUGUCGCCGGAGAUCUCGAGGUCGGCAAUGAGCUCGCCGGGGUACUAUGUGCAGAGCGAGGAGAAGGAGGCCAUGAGGCACUGCUUGAACGGGAAGUUUCCUACGGUUUCGCUGUUCAAGGAGUAUCAGAAUGCUGCCAUGGCGAUUCUGGAGAAGACUGACUACACAAUGAUUUCUGGCAACCCAUUUAUAAAGAAGUCAGGUUGGAGAAAAAUAUCAUUCUACUUCAAUCUUUCUUAUGAAAUCAGAGAUAAGACGAUUGAAUUUGACGAGAACAGGAAUGUACAGCGUGCUGAAUUUGUCAUCCGAGCAUACAUGCAGGGUGGUCGGUUUUCUGAUGGAUGGGGCUCAUGUGAGCGGCGAGAGAAGAGAUUUUCAAAACCAAAUCAUGAUAUUCCUAGCACAGCCGAAACUAGAGCCAAAAAUAGAGCCUCCCAGGACUUGCUGGGUAUUGGGGAGUAUCGUCCUGGCGCAAGCCGUGCUCCGUGAAGAGUAACUCUUCUCUUUCUGGCACAGACUCUUUAGCUCUUACGAUUCUCCAUGACCUGUGUUGUAUGUUUGUGUAACAAAAACGGUUGUUUUUAGCCACCGAUAGCAAUAAUCAAUUCUUGGAGUGGGAAGCAGAAGAAAUUCGGGAAACCAUACAGAAUGUCCCGGCAUCCCAAUCUCUCAUUGUUAUACCUGAAUUUACUCAUGUAAUUGCUCAUUACAGAGUAAACUUGUGACUCGUAUUUCCGAAGCUUUUUGCUGACGAUCUUAUCAGUUUGUUGGAUUUCGUGGCCUGAUGUAGGCUGGUGACAAACCGAACAGAGACCUGGCCCUUGAUUCGGAACUGUGAAACUGUUUCUUCCUUCCUCUUGGAACAUUCAACCAGUCCCGCGCGGUAUGCAAUUCCCAAAGCAGCUAUUGGGGGGUGGGUUCUUAAAAAGCAGAGAAAGAACACGGUCGCUCCUCUGGCCCUGAUGACUUUACCAUCCUUGCCUCCCUCUUAGAAUGCAGCAGUCCCCGAAGCUCUCUUCUUGAAGUGGGGGGAUAGACAGACUCAUGGCUCAGCAGGAAGGCGGGUGGCCUCUGGGGCUGCAACCAUUGAAUGCCAGAGUUGGGGUUGUGAGGAAUCGCGGGUGCUCCGGAUCAGCCUCGUUCAGCACGCUCCUCACCGGUUCUCCCAGUGACACUUCUUCAGAUCCUGAUACAGAAUCAACCGGGUCCUUCCAUGACAAAAGCAUCACACUCGGGAGCCUAAUUGGUGCUUCUAGCAUUCUAGAACUUCCAAGACGGUCAGCAAGGAUGAGAAUUGCUGAAAGUUCUAGAGACAGAAGGAGUUACAAAUCCAAAUCCUGGUUCUUCUCUCUCUGCUCGAAGCUCAACACAGACGCUGUGACCAUCAAUGGUGCUCAAUCCCUCGGUUACUUUCUAGAAGCAGAAAGAAGGGCCGCCGGUGGUUACAGGAGAAAUAGCAACCUGACACUUUGCCGGCCCAGUUACCUCAAGCAAGAUCUUCCUGCUUCAGAUUCAAGAGCGCUGUGUGUUGGUGGACAAGUGGCUACUAACUUGGCCAUUCCCACAGGUGCAGACAGGAAGAGGAAACCGCGAAAGGUACAGGUAGAUGAUUUGAAUGCUUAUGGAGUUCCCUUAUUCUUUUCAUGUUUGAGAGGACAAAUCAUUGGAUGAUGGCUUGAGAUAGCAUCUUUAUCUAUUGGUAACAAACUAAUGGUUGCUUUGAGUAUUUGGGACUCGCUGAUAAAAAAUUGAAUUGCAUCUUUUUGAAGUCGAUUUCAUCAGUCACUGUUCA